CAGAGCGUAGCGGACACUUCAUCACCAAAAGCGCCCACUAUCUACCACAAGGAUACAUUUCCGCCCACUCCUCUUUCUUCAGAAGCUUCAUCCAACGUAUUCCGAUUGCCGGAUAAUCAGCGUGCCGCUUCGGACCGAGGUCACCACAUACCGAUCCUCUCUGUAUUCGAAGAUGCAUUGAACGAUGCUGAGGCUCAAGCGAAAGCCCGCAAUGGCCCUGCACAGAGCUCAACACCAAGGCCCGGCCAAGCGGCUGACGACCGGUACACUGUGGAAAACAGACACGAUGACGACAUCGCGGCUGGAAACACCAUCGCGCAUUCUGCCAAACGAGAGAAGUCCAAGCAAGCACUCAUUGCCAUGCUACCGCCUUACGAUCAACUCACCAAACUUUUGAAUUCCAACAGUGACUGGUGGCAGACAUGGCGGAGGAAAUGCAGCGGCACAUCUGGUCCUGAGCAAACACUCCCUCAGUUUGCUGCUCAGGCUCUGACAACUGGAAACAUCGGAGCUAUUGCUACUGUUGUUUUGUCGGUUGGUAUAUGCUCAUCGGAGAACGAUGACGAUGUCGAACGCUACAUCGAGGCUGUGGACCGAUGGUUCCUGUCUGACGACGAGUAUGCCGCAAGCUUGGAGGGUCUAGAGUGUCUGAUCCUGAAAUCCAAGUGGUACGCGGAUGUAGGCCAACCACGAAGAGCUUGGAUCGCAUACCGGAAAGGCUUAAUGUAUGCCCAGCUCAUGGGACUGCAUCGCAAGCGCACAUCCUCCGCUCCACACGAGAGCAUCUGGUGGGCUAUGUACCAUGGUGACCGUUUCUUGUCCCUCUUGCUGGGUCUGCCGUACGGGAUUAGCGAUGCACACUGCGACUUGACCAUGCCUGAGAUUAGCGAAGGCCCUUACAUUCAUCCAUUGAUUGGCAUCACAAAGCUCUCACAGCUCGCAGGCAGGGUCAUCGAUCGAAACCAGGGAGUUGCCGAGCAAUCUUUUGCCUGGGCGCUACAGCUGGACCAAGAGCUCGAGGACUUGUGGAAGAGGUUCGAUCCAGCGUGGCUCGACUACACGGAGUUACUUGCUGACGCGGAAUCGAAUGCGGCGGAAUUGCGAGAGCGAAUCAUGGGUCAGAUGAUCUUCCAUCAGAUCCGUGUAUACCUGCACUUGCCCUUCAUGCUCAAGGCGGCGUCAAACUCGCGCUUCUCAUACUCAAAAACUGCAUGCUUGAACGGCUCGCGAGAAGUCCUACGGUUAUAUCAGUCUCUACGAACCGGACACAUCCAGCCACUUUACGAGUGCAAGGCCAUCGACUUUAUCGGUUUCACGGCCGCAGUUCUUGUCAUAAUCGGUCUUCUCAACUUCGGCAUGGUCUCACAGUCUUCGAGUAGCGGUCCCACGCCCAAGGAUAUCGAAGAAGACGUACGCCUCAUCGAGGUCAGCAUCGACAUCUUCCAUCGCGCGUCGAGCGAAAAGGGAGGCAAAGUAGCCGCGCAAUCCGCACAGGUCCUCGAGAAGAUGUUGGGCAAAUUCAAAGGCACGAGCCUCGACCAUGAGGGAUGCGGCGACCAAUCCGACUUUGUCAUUCCAUACUUUGGUACCAUAUCUAUCAAGAGAGGGGGCCAGUUAGUCAAGAAGAUGCCACCGGCUUGCUCCCCCAGCAUGGUGAGCUCCAGGUCACCAGCUACAUCAGCACAACUCUACACACCCACGUCAGAGAAGCCGUCGCAGUCUUCUGCAUCAGACAUCUUCUCGCAACCUACACAGUCCCUUAAUGUCACGCCAAAGACGUCCAUCUCCGCUGGCACCGGUACUUCGGCUUUCAAUCUCACCGAUGCGUCGCCCUUUGUCUCAUAUGAUGGCUUCUACAAUUGGAACAACAUCAACGCAGACGACGCGUCGGCAACAGGCGCUGCUGCAUCAGGCACGUUCAACUCACAGAUCAACGACGAUAGCAUGAACAAUUUCCCUCUCCCAACGAACAACUUCUCAUGGCAACACAUGCCCAUGGAUAUCGAUCAGGAUUGGUCUUGGUUUUUGAACGAUGCGCAAACGACGCAAGGGAUGGGUACCGCCGGCGGUGCUCCAGCUCCCACUGUACCGCUUGACUUCAAUGCGCAAGGUUUCCCUGGCUUUGGUUAA